AGGAGUACAUUCUGAUUUUUCACAAGGGGGUAUCAAGAGCGUCCUGUCGCCGUGGUGUUUGCAUUGAUGCACUUGUCGCAAUAAGUUUACAAGUGGAUCAAGUUAUCGAAAGUAGCUAUCUGUUGUUUAUCUAUAUCAAACAAAAUGCCGGCUAAAGUAAAGAAGAAGAGAGCGAAGUCAAAGUCGCCAGGUUCAGCGGAAGAAAAGAACAGACCACGUCCAGAUCCUAUUCCACCACAAGACUUUGGGCCAGAAGAACCCAAACCAUCACACCGAGAAAGUCUUCAAAAGGUGCUAACCGGAGACCGAGUCGAUCUCCAGACCAAGGAGUUCAUGGGAUGCAGAAUAUCCACCAAGGUUUUUGAACAGCUCACGACGCAUGAGAUACGCGAUCUCAAGACUGUCUUUGAUGCCUUUGCUGAUAAAAGGGGGAUGAUUCGAGCUGACCAUAUCCGGAGAGCCAUGAGAUCCCUUGGGUUCAAAGUAUCCAAAACAGAAGCGGUUGCCAUGGUAGCUGAUAUUGACCUUGAUAGAUCAGGGACCAUCGACUUCAACGAAUUCCUCCUUUUCAUCAUUGACAAGCAAGGCACAGCUAGAGAUGUACAGGCUGAAAUAUCACAAGGAUUUAAAAUGAUGGAUUAUGAUAACACAGGUAAGCUAACACUGGACAACCUGAAGCGAGCAGCCAAGGAAUCGGGUGUGAAGUUUACAGAGGCCGAUCUGAGAGAGAUGGUCGAGGAGGCUGAUAGGAAUGGAGACAACAUGGUAGAUCUUCAAGAAUUCUCUACCAUCAUGCUCAAAACCAAUCUAUUCUGAAACCAAUUUGUUGCACUAGAUUUGUCUCGUAAAGCCCCAUUGUACUACUUAUAGCUACUUGUGCCCUCUAUAUAGCAAACCAUGCCUAAUCAGUGACUGUUGGUCCCCCAUGAUCCCCCUUUUUUCAAUGUUAAUUGAGAGCUGAUUUGAUGAGAUAACCAACUGUCAGUGACCUUGCAGGGAGGCCUUAUCCCCCUGGCCAAACUAGUGCAGACAGGCUUUUUAAAGCCCCACUGCACUAGUUUGUCCAGAACAUAAGACAAAGGGGAUCACGAGGGAACAAUGGUCAUAUAGAGUGCGCAAUUAGCUACAAGUAGUGCAGUGGGGCUUUAGUUGUGAGAAAUAUUAACAGAGAACUGAUACUAGCUUGCCUUUUGCUAAAAAUUUGUGAUUUUAUUAUCAUCAGGCCAACUAUUCCUUGGAUUUAAUUUAUAUGUCUCACAGAAAUUGAGAGGUACAAUAUAAUUUCAUGUUUAUUUUUACUCUAAUCUUUUCUAUAGUAGUUUUCUUAAACUGUCUGGGAUAUCAAGAAAGCCCAAAGUUUUCCCAUUUUCACCGUGAAGUGCUUGUUGGCUGUUUUUUAACAAAAGGAAUUUAUGACUAUCAAAAUCAGACAAUUCAAAAAAUGCACCUUCUUAUCUUUCUAAUGAAGACAGUUACAUUUUUAAAAAUGUAAUAAGUUUAAGUAAUAUUGCAUUAUUGUCACAUUUUGUGAGGGUUGAUUUCAUGGUAUUGAACCAUAGAGUGAUGCAAAACAUAUGUUUCAUGACCAGCUGUGUAAACAAUUUAUUAAAAAUUUGUUCCAAUUUUUUAGAGCCGUGCUUCCUUUAUGCUGUUUGUAAACAUAUAAAUGUAUUUAUUGUAUAUUUUGUAUUUACAUAAUAUCUUCCACAUAUAUCAAAGUACUGGUAUUUUUUAGGUACAUGCAUUAACUGUCAAAAUUGUAAUUAUCUGUAUAUUUUUUUGUAAUGUAUAAAAGAGUGUAUUAAACGUAUUUUAGAAAU